AUGAAUAAGAAAUUGUGUGAAAAGUUUAUGAAUGUAUGGGAGUUUCUUCCCGAUGAAUUGACCAGUGAUAAAAAGUAUCAAUUUAAAACAGGAAAUUUCUUAGAUAGUUAUUGUGAUGGUAAUAGUUGUGAUAGUGAUAUCGAAAAAAUUAAUGGUGGAUGUUUAUAUCUUUUUAAUCAAUUAUUUGGGAGUUCUGAUUUGUUUAAGUCUGUUGCAAAUAGUAACAUCAAUAUUGUUGAGUACAUUAUGAUAUGGUUAAGUUAUAUGUUAAACCUAAAGGAACAAUCAGGAAAUAAUAGCAAUCUACAAUAUUUUUAUAGUACAACUAUAAAUAAUAAUAGGUAUAAAAAUUCUAUAGGUGGUGUUACAGAGUAUAAAAAUUAUAAGGAUCUUAUAGAUCAAAAAACAUAUUUUUUGGAUAUGGAUAAAAAAAUUAUAUCUAAUUUUUAUGAAGCAUUUAAAUUAUUAUGUGAAAUGUAUACUAAUUUUGUUGAAAAUAAAUCAUAUUGCUCAAACUGUUCGCAAAAUGCUAAUAAAUUUGUUAAUAAAUAUAAUGAAAUGAAUCAAAACUCUGUUAUUACUAGUAAUAAUUCCUAUAAACAGCUAUUGUCUACUUUAUCAAAUGAAUAUAAUAAUUUUAAAAAUUAUUAUACUAGUAAAGGUGGUAAUUCUAAGGAUAUUCCAUCCAUUUCAUCGAUAGAAAAAAUACAAAGUUCUGAAGAUACACCAUCAAGUUCGUCGAUAACAAGCAAAUUAUUUACAGUUUUAUCGAUAUUUGGUGCAAUAGCAUUUUUUUGGGGAAUUUCUUAUAAGUAUUCAUUAUUUGGAUUUCGGAAACGAUUUAAAAAACAACAAAUAAGAGAAAAAAUAAAAAAUAUAAAGAAGAGAAUGAAUCAUUAA